AUGGGGGCGAGUAAAUUUUUCCGGCGCGGAAAACCCGCUUGGACAGAAGCUCGCCAGCCCGACAAAAAGAAGGAAAAAAGGAGAAGGAAGUACACACGCGGCCACACAGCACUCAAACCACAGACAUGCACCCAUGCGCCGUGUGUCGUGUUCGUCGUGCAGUCAAGGGCGAGGAGGAGAAGAAAGACGAGGAGAAGGCCUCCGACACGUGGGGGAGGUCCUUCCCUUGCCGAGACGGCAGCGAUCCCUUGCCGGCGAUCCACGACGUCCGUAUCCACAAAUACUCAUGGUGAGGGGAGGGGGAGGACCGGAGAGACGGGUGUGUCAAUGGAACAGAUGUGUGCGUGCGUGUGUGGGUGUGUGCUCCAGAAGAGGUUGUAUGACGAGGUUUGCCGCCACGGCAAUCGGAAGCCGAAUCCUCUUGUGCUCGAUUUACUACCGGACGAAGACAAACCGCCGGGUGACCUGGCUUUCCAUGCCGCCGGCAACAAUCGACACACAUUCGAGAAGAGUUUGCGGAUUCUACCGCCAGACAUCAGUUGCAUCACGGAGCUGUUUCUUGGCUUCCCUAAGUGGUCUGCUGUUAUCACUGCUCUCGAUUUCUCCUACAAUUUUAUUGGUGAGUAUGUUCGUACACAUCCAUAAACGCAGCAGGUGGGCGUUGCCUUGAUAUGAGGCGGUGUGGAUGUGUGGCAGGUGAUGCCGGGGCCGAAGAGCUGGCUCGGUUGCUACCAGGUAGAGAGAUGGGGUCACAGCCCUGCUGACCAUGGCAUUGCCACGUCUAUCUUGUCUACUACCUGCGUGUCUCUCCCUCCCUCCCUCCCUUUUUUAUGUAGAGUGCCCAUUGUUGGCGUCCCUUGCCCUGAUCGACAAUUCGAUUGGCGCAUCGGGUAUGUGCGCUCUUGUAGAGGCCAUCAAGAGGGCAGGUCUCGCACACCUAAGGGCCUUCGAUGUCUCCCUCAAUCCACUGCACAAGAAAGGAGGCCUCGCUGCCGCAGCGCUGAUUGAGAAAACUGCCCACAAGGGGGACGACGGCGCGAAUGGGGGGCGCUCUAAGGUCAUGCUUCAAGAGCUCAGGCUGGCCUCCUGCGAGCUCGAAGUGGACAGCGUCGUGGCAAGUACCUAAGCCAAAUAUAUCCAUGCACAACAAAGAAAACUCGUCCCCCAACCGACCUAGUGUCUGUCUCGCUGUCUCUCGGUUUGUCUGGCUGUGUCUGUCCUGGCAGUCGCAGAGCGGCUUGCACUGGCGAAUCGGGUGGGUGGGAACCGAGACAUUGAAACAGACCAGCAUGAGAUGAGUCAGCAUGAGUCGGGUUACCUUUGUGCGUCUUUGUUUGGCUGCCUGUCUCUGUCUCGGCUUGGUUGGUUUGGCUCAGACGCUGCGGGUGCUAGACGUGUCGAAUCCGAGGCUGUUCAGCCUGCAAGCGGACCUGUCUGAGCAUUAUGCCAGGAUGGUACGAAUGAACCCCACCCUGGAGACAGUGCACGUUGCCAAGCAGCGUCUGGGCGAUGAGGGCACGAGGAUCCUCGUCCAGGGGCUGCUCGAGAACCGCACGCUGAGGUGUCUUGACCUCAAGGCCAAUAACAUCAGCAUCACCGGCGCAUCCCACCUGGCCACGCUCUUGCGGGCCGACUCCAAUCUCGAAACCCUCAUCCUCAGAGCUAAUCCUAUUCAGGUAUAAAGGCAGUGAGGCAGUGAGGACCUAGGCAAGCUCUCGAGACGUGAUUGACGGAUGGAGGAAGGACGGCAGAGAGGGAGCCAAGGGAGCAUGCAUGCGCUUGUGUGUUUGGCGUGGUAUCGUCCCUGCAUGUCUAUAGGAUGAGGGUGUGGGCCAUAUCAGCCACGCUCUGUGGUACAACCGUAGUCUGAGGCACCUGGACUGCGGCAUGUGCGCACUGACGGGCAAGGGCGUCUGUCAGGUGGCCGACGCUAUCGAGAGGAACACGUGAGCAGAGCAGGACGCAUACACCCACACCCAUCCCAUCACUCACCCACCCACUGUCAUAAUGAUGUCUCCACAUGAUUGCCUGCCUGCCUGCCUGCGUUGCUACGUGCAGCACGAUUGAGCGCCUGGAGUUGUUUGAGAAUGCUUGGGACGAGGACAGCGCCCAGCGCUUUCAUGAGGUGCUGGAGGGAGUGCAGAAUCGACUGACGCCCCUGGCCCUCGACUUUUUGCCUUACUGCGUGCCGGUCAAGCCACAUGACAUCAACAUGCAGUAUUUCGUGGCUGCACGCUCACUUGACUGAUAGAGUCUGCUCUGAAUCACCGAGCAUCACACAUGUACGUACAGCAGCCAUCGAUGUGAUGAUGGACACACACUGCCUGGCCACACAUGACCGUUUUGCACACAACUCAAAACACCGAACGUCU